CAGUCUGAAGGCCGGCGUCGAGGGUUUGCUACUGUCUGCUGUUCCCUCCUUCCCACAGGGGUUCUCUCCCCUCUCCCAUCUCAAGAUGGCAGCCAGAAGCUCUGAGAUGAAGGGGGUCGAGGAUUGUCCGGAGACCCAGGGAGAAGGGCCUGGCCAUUCUGAAGCUGGAACUGGCCCUCUCCAGGCCCUAGCAGAGGUCCCAGACCAUCCAGAGGCCCCACAGCCAGGCCCAGACACCACUGCAGCCCCUGUGGACUCAGGGCCUGAUGCUGGGCUGGCUCCAGAAACUACAGACACCCCAGCUGGGGCCCCAAAAACAGCUCAGGCCACAGACCUUAGCUUAAGCCCAGGAGGGGACUCAAAAGCCAACUCCAUCCCUGAAGAGGCAUGCAAAGAGCCAGCAUCCAAACCAGAAGUGAACAAAGAAGCCACUGCAGACCAGGGGUCUGAGCAGGAGUCUUCAGCCCCUCCCAAGCCAGCCUCAGAGCCUACUUCCCAGCUAGACUCCCAGUCAGACCCUCAGCCAGCUUCCCAGCCCACCCCCAAACCAGCCCUUCAAAUAGAGCCCCCUACCCAGGAGGACCCCACCCCUGAGGUCCUGACAGAAAGUGUAGGGGAAAAGCAAGAGAAUGGGGCAGUGGUCCCUUUACAGGCUGGGGAUGGGGAAGAGGGCCCAGCACCCCAGCCUCACUCCUCACCCUCAACAAAAACGCCCCCAGCCAAUGGGGCUCCCCCCCGUGUGCUGCAGCAGCUGGUUGAGGAGGACAGAAUAGGAAGGGCCCAUAGUGGGCAUCCAGGAUCUCCCCGAGGUAGCCUAAGCCGCCACCCCAGCUCCCAGUUGGCAGGUCCUGGGGUAGAGGGAGGUGAAGGCACCCAGAAACCUCGUGACUACAUCAUCCUUGCCAUCCUGUCCUGCUUCUGCCCCAUGUGGCCUGUCAACAUCGUGGCCUUCGCUUAUGCCGUCAUGUCCCGGAACAGUCUGCAGCAGGGGGACGUGGAUGGGGCCCAGCGUCUGGGCCGUGUGGCCAAGCUCUUAAGCAUCGUGGCGCUGGUGGGGGGGGUCCUCAUCAUCAUCGCCUCCUGCGUCAUCAACUUGGGCGUGUAUAAGUGAGGGGCUCUGCCCUGCAUUCCAAG